AAAAAUUAUUUCCAUUACUAUAUAAUAUGCAUGGUUGUACUAGUAUAAAUAAAUUUGUGUUACUCUUGAAUCUACACAAGUAGGGGUUAGUUGUGUACUUGAGCACCAAAGGUCAGGCCAUUCAUUGCCUUUGCUCAACACACACCUCUCUUUGUCUCUGUUUUUCAUCCUCUCAAAAAAGAAACUCAUUCUUUCUCAUUUUAUUGCCUUUGCUUCAGUUAGCAGCUCCAAAAAUUCACCCUUUUUCUCAUCAAUUACUGAUGAUCUACAGCUCGAAUGCUGCAGCACUCAAGCGAUUUUUCUGCUUUUAUUUCUUCCUCUGACAUAAUCCCAUCAAUUUUGAUAGUCGUAACUCGCAAGCCAAACAAAUAUACUUACUAUGCUUAGCUAAAAUACGUGCCCUUUUCGCAAAGUCAUUACAAAAGUGUAUGUAUGCCAUAUAUAAUUGUGAUACUAACAAUAUAAGUUUCCAUAAGUUGGAAGAUUGUUAGCUAAGUUUAGCUUUCAUCCUUUAUUGAUAGCCAAUUUGGUUGAAUAAUGGAUCGAAUUUCGGCGUAUCAGCGUGGAAAUUUAGAUGAUAUUACUAGCCAAAUUGGUUUGAUUUGGGAUCAAGCUAAAUAUCCACUCUUAAUUCCGUUACUUAAGUUAUUAGUAACGGUUUGUUUAGGAAUGUCAUUGAUGUUGUUCGUGGAACGAGUUUAUAUGGGGUUUGUUAUUGCACUGAUUAAAAUCUUCGGGCGAAAACCCGAGAAAAGGUAUAAUUGGGAACCAUUGAAGGAUGAUUUGGAGCUAGGCAACUCUAACUACCCUAUGGUUCUUGUUCAAAUUCCCAUGUAUAACGAGAAAGAGGUAUAUCAGUUAUCAAUUGGAGCAGCAUGUGGGCUUUCAUGGCCAUCAGAUCGUAUCAUAAUCCAAGUGCUAGACGAUUCGACUGAUCCAAUCACUAAGAAUAUGGUGGAAAUGGAAUGCCAAAGAUGGGGAAGCAAAGGAAUAAACAUAAAAUAUGAGAUAAGAGACAACAGAAAAGGGUACAAAGCAGGAGCACUUAAGGAAGGAAUGAAACAUAAUUAUGUUAAGGAGUGUGACUUUGUUGCUAUUUUCGAUGCUGAUUUUCAACCUGAGCCUGACUUUCUUUGGCGAACUAUCCCUUUUCUUGUUCAUAACCCUGAAAUUGGUCUAGUUCAAGCUCGUUGGAAGUUUGUGAAUGCGGAUGAAUGCUUGAUGACGAGGAUGCAAGAAAUGUCCUUAGACUACCAUUUUACAGUGGAGCAAGAAGUUGGGUCCUCCACCCAUGCUUUCUUCGGAUUCAAUGGGACAGCUGGGGUAUGGAGGAUAUCAGCAAUCAAUGAGGCUGGUGGGUGGAAAGAUCGAACAACGGUGGAGGAUAUGGACUUGGCUGUGCGGGCCAGUCUUAAGGGUUGGAAAUUUGUUUAUGUGGGUGACCUUAAGGUGAAAAAUGAACUUCCAAGUACCUUCAAAGCAUACCGAUAUCAACAACAUAGAUGGUCAUGUGGCCCUGCUAAUCUCUUUAGAAAAAUGGUACGAGAAAUCAUAACAAAUAAGAAAGUGUCACUCUGGAAGAAGGUUCAUGUGAUAUACAGCUUCUUCUUUGUUAGGAAAGUAGUAGCGCACAUUGUUACCUUCAUUUUCUAUUGCAUUGUAUUACCAGCAACAGUUUUGGUCCCGGAAGUAGAAGUGCCAAAGUGGGCAGCUGUUUAUAUUCCUACCACUAUUACUCUCCUCAAUGCUGUUGGGACCCCAAGAUCCCUUCAUCUUGUAGUGUUUUGGAUUCUAUUUGAGAAUGUUAUGUCAUUGCAUCGAACUAAAGCAACAUUUAUCGGCCUACUAGAAGCUGGGAGAGUCAACGAAUGGGUUGUUACAGAGAAAUUAGGAGAUGUACUAAAAAACAAAUUAAAUAGUACUAAAUCAUUCAAGAAACCUCGCAAGAGAAUUGGAGAAAAAAUCAAUAUGUUGGAGCUUAUGGUAGGAGCCUACCUAUUUUUCUGCGGAUGCUAUGAUGUUGCAUUUGGGAGAAACCACUAUUUCAUCUACUUAUUCUUGCAAUCUUUGGCGUUUUUCAUUCCUGGGUUCGGUUAUGUGGGCACAUUUGUUCCCAAUUAGAUAACCUACUAAGCAAAAUGGGCAAAAUUAAUGUGUGAUAUAAAUAGAUUUCCCUAAUUUUCUUUUAAAUUAAUUAAUUUCAAUUUAUUAUUGUUUUGAUAAUUAAUUAAUGAAUGAGAUGUGACAACAAACAUUUAUCAUAUUCUCUCAUGGUAUCACGAGUCUAGGUUUCUUUCUUAAA